AUGGACCAGUUGGAGUUGCAGGGGCAGUGGUGCUCGUUGAAGCAGCAAGUAGGGGAGGAGCCCCUGCGCUAUCUCACAAGAGCAUCAUCAGUACUUCGCCAGAAACUAGAAGCGUACGGUUGGGUGCAAUCCGAUCAUGAUGCUAACGUCCACUAUGUGCGCAACCUUCUGCUCGAUUUCAAUGUGCAGAGGAGCGUGUUGUUGGCGCAUUCGGAGGUCAAGACGGGAUUGGUAGAGAAGGUGAUUCUGACUGCGUGGGCGGAGAAGGAGGCCGCUAGGAAGAGGGCGUCGGAGAGCCGUGGGGCGUAUGCCCUCGUCACUGGCGGUGAUAACCGUGGUGGCGGGGGCGGGAACAUGGGGGAUAGGGGGAAGACGAGAGGACAACGGAGGACGGCAGCCCGGCAACAGCAGUAA